CCACAUUUCCCAUAAGCCAUCUGUUGUGCCGGAAGUGGCGUAAAUAUAGUGGCUCCUGGAUUUAAACUGAAAUGGGCACUGAUCCCAUGAAUAGAGGAUUUUAGACAUAUAAUAACUCCUUUAAUGACCAUUUUUAUGAGAGGACAUGCGUUCGUGAGGUUUCUUUGAAAUGACCGGCCUCAUAGAGUUUCUCACGCGUGUGUUUUGAAGCGUUAUUUCAGUCGUUUGUUUCCUAAAGCUGAAACACUCCUCUGCAUUAUAUCAGGUGUCGCUUCGCGAUCCGUUUACCUGUCGCUGUAACCUCACCUGUCAUCAUUCCCGCUGGCUCUAUGUGUCUGCAUAACGCAGGCUGGGGUUAGGCUCGUACUUUAAUCGAGAAGUUGAUUAUCAGCCGCUCAGGAUGAACUGGGAUCAACAGUUGAGCUCCAUCAUCUCCGAGGCUGAUGGAAGUGUCGCAAAAAUGAGAGAACGCCUUACUGCGCAUGGAAGAUCUCCCAGAGUAACAGAAGAUGUGUUUCCGGUCAGAGAGGUCACAGCCGGUGUUGAUCUGAAGUUGUCUACGGUUCAGUGGUCAGAUCUGACCACCAUCCAAACACAAUUACAGCAGCAGAGUCAGGCCAUUGAGACUUUAACACAGAGUCUUCGAUUACUGGAAAGAGAACGAAACACUCAGCAAAGACAAAUGCAAACAUUACAAGAGGAGCAGAAGAGACUUCAGGAUAAACUGGAGGAGAGAGAGCGGGAUGCGGGGCGGAGAUCACUGAGUCCUGGACCGGACCGACGGAUCGAGCAGUGGAAGAGAGAGAUGGAUCGAGAGCUGAGCAGUCUGAGAGGUCAGAUCAACAGCGCCACGACUCUAGGAAACCAGGAAGAAAGUUUCAGCUCUAAACUGCGCAGAGAAGAACUGGAGCAGCUCAGGAGAGAGGUGGACAUUCUCAAAAACAAACUCAUGCGGCAGGAGGAAGAUACGUUCCAGCUCCAGUCAGAGGCCAGAGAAACAAGGAGACAGUAUGAACGCAGCUCUAAGACUUUGGAGAGUUUUACAGAUUCGUACCGAACACACAGUUUUGAUCUCGCUCGGAUGGUGUCACAGUACCAGCACACUCAACAGGAAGUGCGUGACCUCAGAGUCACCGUCUCAGAGCUGAAGGACGAGGUGCGAGGUCUGGUCCUGAGAGAAACCCUCCCCACAGCUGCACCGCUACCACAGAAACCAGCAGUGGUAACCGUGAAGACGAGGCCCCAGAGACGCGUGUCGUCAGGGUCGGAGGAUGAUUUCAGUCCCACCCCCAGUCUGGGUGAGAUCAGCUCAGAUGAGUUGGAUGCAUCAUGGCUGGAAGAACCAGAGCCACAAACCAGGAGGAGGCGCCGGCGUGUCCGUUUAAGUUCAGACCUUACAGGAAGUGACCUCAGCGACGAUGGAAGUGGGCUUGAUAGUAACCUUGGCAAUGAUGCUGAAGGUGUGGACAGAGUUUCAGACAGUCCUCCAGAUCUCAGUCUCAGUGACCUCUGACCUUAAAGGCCAGUAAAUCUAUGUGCUGCUAUUAGAGGAAAUGGAAACCUCGGUCUUACGUUGAUUCAAGUAAGUAGUUUACUUGUGUCAUGAAGGCCCGGACUGUGCUAUUUAUGCUAUAAUUGAUCAAUACGUUCAUGUAAAAUCAAGACCAUGGACACAGAGGUUUUGCAGUAUUUUAUGACUGACACACAUUAUUCACAGAGUCUUUAUAGGCUUCACAAGUAUUGCACUGACAUACUCUGAGGUAUCAGCUACUAAAUGUAAGUUGCAAAAAGAGUGUUUUCAAUAUGAACAUGCAACACGUAACAUCCAUUUAGUCAAAAACAGUUUGACUCUGGCUUGUGUAGAUGUUGUAAAUGUAUUUACAGGCAGUAUUUGGAGCAUGUUUGUCACAGUAAAGCCAGAAAUAUGUAUUAAGAAAGUAAAUAGUCAAUUUUGAUUUCAUGUUGACUUCAGAUUUUUGAAGAAAAAAAAGAGUCACUUUUUUUCCAUUUAAAAUAAGUCUCAAUAAUUGUAGCAUCUCAUAACCUGCGCGUCCAGUGUUAAAAAAGUGACAAUUUAGUGCAUUUUAAAGACUUUUAUUAAUUAAAAAAAGAACAUUGUGUAAUAAGAAACACUUUAAAUGCACUCUCACAAGUUAUUACACGAAGUAAACAUCACACAUCCAUCAGCCAUCACACCACAAGGAUGAAAAUACUGUAUUAUUGACUUUUUUUAUCAAUCAAUAAAAUGUUAAAUGUUGAGUCUAUAAAUGUUGAGUUUUUAUAAAACAUUUUAGGCACAAGAAAAGCAUUAAAAUUGUCUAUUUAUUAACUAAAGGUCUGUUUUUUACCAUCUUUGUCAAAGUGCUCACAAAUUGAUUUUUUUCUUAAAACAUUAGGUUGAAAACAGUUGAAUUUUGCAACCAUCAUGAGCCAAGAGCCAGUUGCAUUUUCAGCGCUGUUGUUUUGUCUAUUUGAUGACAUUCCAAAUGAUGUAAACAAUUCCACAUUUUCACUUGAAGUGAAUUGAACGUCUGUAUGGCUGACAAAAAUGGUAUUUCUCAGGGGUGGAAACAUCCUUGGGAACUAAGCAGAGAAAGAAGUGAAAUGAACAUUGGGAAAUCAUUACUGAUGCUGUUUGUACAGUAUCAAAGGAAUUUUCCAGAUUUAAUACAGGUUAAACUGUAUAAUUCGGUCUCCAAAUUUGUAAAAACAAGCAAAAAGUAGUUUACAGUAAUACACUUGGGAAGACUCUCCUUGUGUGUGUCGUGCAAAAGUUACAGGGUUUAGCAGCUGUACAGGAGUUAGAAAACUGAAUGUAACUUCACACAGACAAGGUUAGUAGACUAUUAUAUACUAGUGCCAUGUAAGUCACGUGGCUGUACUGUUGAAACCGAAAUGCAUUUUAUUGUUUAUUCAGGUACCCCACAGAAGUGCAUUACUGUAAACAUGAUUGUUGCUGACUUGAGAGAUUAAAAUGAUUUUGUGUGAUGAUCGAAAACUUCUACUGAACGUUGAGCAUAUCCUUCAAAGAGUAGUUCUCCCCAAAAAUUUAAAUUUGCUGAAAAUUUACUCGCCCUCUGGCCAUCUAAGAUGUAGA